AUGGCGCUGCGAAUCAAGUUCGUCGAAGCCAGAGGGUUGAAGAGCGUUCAGAUGAUCGGCAAACAAGACCCUUACAUCAAGUGCGCUCCUGGACUGGAUGCGUCCGUUGUGCAUGGAACGGCCCCAUUGGCGUCCAUGCGGCAGCACAGGUUUGCAGGGGAGACCCGAAUCUUGCUGGAGGAGUGGAAGAGCCCCUGCAACACAGAUGGAGGCAAGGAUCCAAAGUGGGCCGGGGCAGAGGAGGCAGUGUACGAAGCUUCCUUGCUCCCUGGGGUCGACCACCUGUACGUGAGCCUUUGGGACGAGAACAAGCACAUGUCGGACAGCUUCAUCUGCGACACAUGGAUCUGCCUGCAUGACGUGCUUGUCAACGGGAAAGACGACAGGUGGCAUCCGCUGUACAUCCAAAAGGGCGAGCAGAAGGGUGAGAUUCACCUCGAGAUCAGCUGGCAUCAAUCCAAGUCCUUCAUCCCCGCGCACGUCAUCUGCCCGCUCACCUUGUCCAUCCCUACUGCCAGGGAUGCAGCUGGUAAGCUCCUGUCCAUGGGCUUCACCCUUCACGACCAGACCAUCGGUGAGCUGAAGAAGAAGUUCAAGUCCUCUUCGGACCAGCAGCUCGUCCAGGCGGUCAGGGCCUGCUAUCCCAGCAUCAUGGAGUCUUUCACUGCCAAGUCCGUCAAGGUCUUGGAGCAGGGAGGGGUCCCUGUGUGCCACGUGGAUGGAGUGGCCAGCAGGGCGGGUUUGCGGGUAGACGACAUCAUCAUCGGAUAUGCUUCCGACUCCAAGAUCAAGGACCCAGAGAAAACGGGGAUCAACGCUCUGAUCUCGAAGACGGCGGAGUGGAAGAGGAUUAGCGAUGAGAGCAAGCAGAAGGCUCAUGCCUGCUUGCUGCCAUCGGCCCAGAAUGGCCGCGUCACCCUCACGGUCCUCCGGGCCGUCCCCUUGAGCCGUAUCCCCGGCGACCAUCCACUGAGAGUUGCAUACACGAUCCCCCCCUCCUCCCUCAUCUAUGAGCCUCAGGCAAUCAAGGUCAUAGCGGGGAAGAGGAUCGCCGACCUCCAGGCUCAGCUGAGGCCCCUGGAGGCCCUCCCGGUCCAGUACUCCUGUACUGAAGUCCCCGGUGGGCUCACCGUCUGUCCCAAGACCGGACUGAUCUCCGGCAGCCCGUCGGCGCCGGGCGACCAUGUCCUCCACAUCACGGCGCACAACGUGUGCGGGAUGAGGGUCAACUCUCAAGUCAAGAUCCUGGUCCUGCAGGAGCCCAGCACCUUCGUGUACCAGCUCGGUCAUCAGCUGCAGUACAAGCUGGGAGAGGCCAUCACACCCAAUGAGGUAAAGGAGGUGGACGGCUCCGGCCCGUUCACCUUCUCCUCGGACCCCGGGCUCCCUCCCGGCCUUCAGCUGGACCCCAGCACAGGAACGAUCUCGGGGACUCCAGUGCAGGACGUGACCGAGCACUGCUGCACGAUCUUCGCCUCCUCCGAGGGAGGGCGGAUAGGAUGCGACAUGCUCAUCUCAGUCUUGCGUCCCCCAGAGGCCUUGAGCUUCCCGCAAGCCGAGGUGAUGCUGGUCAGGAACGUGGGAAUGGAUGGCAUGCAGGCGACGUUCACAGGAAGCGGGCCCUUCACCUUCUCCAGCUCUCCUGAGCUUCCUGCUGGGCUUCAGGUGACAACCCCUCCUCCGGAUGCGGAGGAAGAGGAUGGACCAGCAGAAGCAGCCCCAGUUGCAGAGGAGGAGAGGAGCAACGAGCCAGCAAAUUCGGAGCAAGAGGAGACUGUGUCAGACAUUGGGAUGGAUGUAAAGUCCUUUCUGUCGCAAAUCGGAAUGGAGAAACACUUUCAGCGCCUUGUCGGGAUCCUUUCGUCCAUGCCGAUAGUGCAGGCAGAGAGGCAGAUGGCGGCGCUCAAGCACUUCCUGCAGCGGCACCACUGCGCUCAGGCUCUAGAGCUGCUGCUGCUCGGCAACGUCCGAGGGCUGCACGAGCUGGCGAAGCAGCAGACGCACCUGCAGGCGUUCGGGCUGGACAAGAGCACGUGUGAGAGGAUCAGCAAAGGGCUCGAGCACUUGGAGAUAGACAGAGUCCACGACAGAAGCUCGAUUGACCAGCCAACCGUCACGUGCGCGAGACUGAUCGGACGGCAGGACGGGAGGAUCAAGACCAUGGACAAGCUUGUGGCGGUGGAAAGCGACGGAUCCCGCCUCGCCAUUGGCGAUAGGACGAGCUUGCAGGACAUCGCCAAGAAGAUCAAGGGGGAGCAUGUGAUCUUCACUUGCUGCUACCUGCUGCCCUCCCCUUGCUGA